AUGUCACCAUUCUCAAGAUAUUUCUUCAAUAGACGAUGGACCCUUUUCACAGGGCAUCGCUUCCACAGUUAUAGACCCUUACGCAACAGAUUACUGUUAACUGUACCCUCUUCGUCUUUAUUACUCUAUAGCAAGAGAAUCAUACUUAAUGAAACACUCACACCGGAUGAUAAGGGCGAUACGUAUGAGAUGGGGCUAUAUUUUGCAUCUCAGCAGGAUUUAGCACGCAGAGCUUUGCAAGAACGUGAACGUCAAUUAGAGGGAGCAUCGCCAUUGAAGACAAUCCUAUUGAAAAUUAUCUCCCAUCUGAAUGAUAACCUCCUAGAACCAAUACGAACAGUACUGAGAUUUGUUCAGAUUUCUUUACUCUUCAUACCAAUAAUACUUUCAUUCCCUGUGACUUUAUUACCAGUACGGCAAAGCUAUCAAAUUUGGUUCAAAUUCAUAAGAGUCGUGCUGGAACUAUGUGGGCCCAGCUUUAUCAAAUUGGGGCAGUGGACCGCUUCUAGGACAGACAUUUUCCCCGUUGAUCUUUGUAUUGAACUAUCCAAAUUACAUAGUAACGUGCGGCCUCAUAGUUUUACGUAUACAGAAUCGAUAAUCAAGGAAAUGUUUCCGGGGGAAUUGGAACUUCAUGAUAUAUUUGAAGAAUUCAAUACUAAAUCCAUUGGCUGUGGUGCAAUUGCUCAAGUGUAUGUGGCAAAGUUUAAUGAAGAUUUUGUAGUACAACAUAAUUUGAAUUUACAAAAUAAAUGGUAUGCCAUUAAAGUGAUUCAUCCACAUGUCAGAAAUCAAAUCAAGAGAGAUUUAAAAAUUAUGAGUUUCUUUGCUAAUUUUAUUGAUAAGAUACCGACGAUGGAAUGGUUGUCAUUACCUGUAGAAGUUGAAAAUUUCGAAAUCCUAAUGAAUCUUCAAUUAGAUCUACGUAUAGAAUCUUCGAAUUUGAAGAGAUUCAAUGAAAAUUUUAAGCACUCCAACCAGAUUAAAUUCCCAGAGCCUCUGCUAGACCUAUGUAACAAAGAUAUUCUCUGUGAAGAAUAUUUAAAUGGGAUACCAAUGGGUAAAUUACUACAAAUAAAGGAUACUUUGAAUGAGAUGAAUAAGGCACAAAGUAACUAUGAUGACAGGUUACUAUCUCAGCGUAUUAGCAGGCCGUUUAUUGAUGCAUUUUUGAAGAUGUUAAUUCUUGACGAUUUUAUUCAUGCAGAUUUACACCCAGGUAAUGUAAUGGUCAGGUUUAUUAGGACGAAUAAAUAUGGCACGGAGAUAACAUCUAAUGAAGAAGAGAUAUUUGCUAUUGUACAAUCUUUAAAAGACAUUAGAGAUGAUAGUACAGAAUUUAAUGAACGUAUCGUUAAAAUGAUGGAAGAGUAUAAACCCCAAAUAUGUUUCAUUGACACUGGACUUGUUACCGAGUUAAAUUUCCAAAAUCGAUUAAAUUUCAUUGAUCUUUUCAAUUCGUUAGCCAUGUUUGAUGGCUACAGAGCAGGUGAAUUGAUGAUUGAAAGAUCUAGAACCCCUGAAAGUGCCAUCAACAAGGAAUUAUUUUCCCGUAAAGUUGAGAGAUUGGUGAAUAGAGUCAAAGAAAAGACGUUUACUUUAGGAUCCGUAUCAAUUGGUGAUCUGUUGAAUCAAAUGUUAUCAAUGGUUCGGUCACAUCACGUUAGAAUGGAGGGAGAUUUUGUCUCAGUAGUGAUUGCUAUAUUAUUAUUGGAAGGUAUAGGAAGGCAAUUGGAUCCAGAUUUGGAUCUUUUUGAAAGUUCUUUACCGUUAUUGAGAGAAUUUGCAAUAAAAAGAGAAAAUGCAGGUCUUUUACAAAAUGCCAAUAUCUUAAGUAUGCUCAAAUUAUGGUUUACGUUUGAGAUUCGGAAGUUAAUGAAUCUUUCCAUCAGACAAACGUACGCAUUGGUUAAGAUGGAUCAAUUAUGCCCUAAUUAUUAG